UGUCAGCUCACUGACUGACAGAACCAGGACCGUCACUUAUGUGGGGCACACAAGCAAGCAAGCUGUUAAUCUAUUAUUUGAUAUUCUGUGCUGUUAAUUGUGCAAAUAAGCUAGUGAAAACACAUAAUAUCAAUGAGCAGACAUUAAAUUUAUAUAUUUUCGACCAAUGAGUGUCCUUGUUAAUACUGAACUGAAGGUUUCCAGAAAGUAGAUUUUCGAAGAGUUGUGAAUUGAACAUUUCUCUUACUAUACAUCCUUCUUUGUUGAUAAAUGAGAAAUUAGAUAUGGGUGAACGUAAUGUUAACAUAAAAGAAGAUGUACCUAUCACAUAUAAUGUCGUUAAGUUAGAAGAGGAAUCGGGUAUUACAGACGUUCCCGAGCAAGUAAUAGAUGAGGAAGAAUUUAUGAUCGGGAAUGAAGAAAGUAACCCAAUUCUCAUAAUCUCAAAACGUAAUUCAAAUAAAUCGUCAUCCACUGCUUCUGCCGAAGAAUUCCCUCAAUUAUUCAAGGCAUUGAUUAAUAAAUCCGAAACUCUAAACUUUGAACAGUGGAAAUCUGAAAAAUUUCACAUGGUUGAUAAUCCUACAGGUGAUGAUAUUGAAGAUCACAUACCAGAAGAUUAUGCUUCCAGUUUGAAGGAUCAUGUGGAAGGGCAUUCAAAACCUCCCCAUUUCAGUAUCAAAAAUUACAAGUGUGCCUAUUGCGAUUAUGUUACAAAUCAAGAAGAAAUGUUUCAACAUCAUGUGGACAGUUUUCAUUUGAAUAUCAAGAAACAUAAGUGUGAAUUAUGUGAAUAUUCGGCUUUUGUGAAAACCAACCUUGAUUUACAUGUAAAAUCUGUUCAUCUGGAUAUCGAGGAAUGCAAGUGUCAUCUAUGUGAAUAUAACGCAAGUUCCAAAACGCACCUUCAAAAUCAUAUCGAGUCUGUUCAUUUAAACAUCAAGAAAUAUAAGUGCGACCUGUGUGCAUAUGCUGCGAAAGAUAAAAAAGAUCUUGAAACGCAUGAAGAAUCUGUUCACUUAUGUGAAGAUGUCGCAAGUGGAGAAAGUAGUCUUCAAGGGCGUAUCAAAUCUUCUCAUUCGAAUAUUGAGAAAAGUGACCGGCUUAAGUGUCACAUAUGUGAUUAUGUUGCUACUCAGAAAGGAUCCCUCAACAUACACAUAAAAUCGGUUCAUUUGAAAAUCAAGGAUCAGAAGUGUCAUCUUUGCGAGUUUGUUACUAGUAGAAAAAUUAAACUUCAGAGCCACAUCGAUUCGGUUCAUUUGAAAAUUAAGGAACACAAGUGUCAUUUAUGCGAAUAUUCCGCUAGUGAAAAAACUACCCUCAAACAACAUGUGACAUCUAUUCAUUUGAAGCUUAAAGAUCACAAGUGUCACCUAUGUGAGUAUGUUACCAGUAGAAAAUUUAAACUUCAGAGUCAUGUCGACUCCGUUCAUUUCAAUAUCAGGAGACACAAGUGUGACUUGUGUGAUUAUGCCACGUGUGAAAAAAGUACCCUUAAGGCACACGUGAAAUCUGUUCAUUCGAAAAUUAAAGAACACCGGUGUCAUCUAUGUCAUUAUGAUACAAACGUUAAAAGUCUUCUUCAGAGCCAUAUCGAAAUUGUCCAUUUGAAUAUCAAAAAACACAAGUGUCAUAUAUGUGAGUACGCUGCUAGUAAUAAGUGUAUUAUACAACAGCAUGUGAAAACUGUUCAUUUAAAAAUAAGGGAAUUUAAGUGUAAUUUAUGUGAAUACGCUGCUAGUAAUAACAGUAUUAUCCAACACCAUAUAAAAACCGUUCAUUUGAAAAUUAAAGAACAUAAGUGUGAUUUUUGCGAAUAUGCUGCUAGUAGUAAGCGUCAUAUCCAAAAACAUAUCAAAUCUGUUCAUUUGAAAAUCAGGGAUAUUAAGUGUCAUUUAUGUGAGUACGUGUCGAGCGAUAAAAGCAACCUUCAGAGGCACAUCGACUGUGUUCAUUUGAAAAUUAGGAAACUCAAGUGUCAAUUCUGUGAUUUCGCUACAAAUGAACCAGUAAGUUUUCAGAGGCACUUAAGAAAUGUUCAUUCAAGUCAAACAGAUCCACUUGCUUAGUUUGCUUCAUGUUAUUGGAUCCAAAUCAUGAUUUAGGCAAAGAAUAUGUACUGAUUUUGUUUUAUGUCAUAAGUAUCUGUUAUUGUGGUUUUUGGUUAUAAUUAAAUUGUUAUGAUUCAGAAAA